CAGAGAAACACAUUAAGGAAAAAGCCAGAGACCCAUGCCGCAAAGCCACUACUUGUUUCUGCUACCUCUGUUUCACACCUUCAAAUUGAGGAGGUGAGAGCUACCUCUCUCUCUCUCUCUCUCUCUCUCUCUCUGUCUGUGGUUCUGUCCUAUUCCUCUAAAUACUUCAUUAAUUGAUGAACAUGAGACUCUACAUCUGUAUCUGAUUCUCUUCACAUAAUCUGUUUCUCUGCUCACAUGCUUUCGUUUCAUGGCCAAAUGAGAAUUACCCUUUGAUUUUCCUCUUUUCUGGCACAAAGUUCGUUUCCUUCUCAUUUCAUGGCUGAAUGGAUAAUUGCCCAUCAAUUGACAUUGUCAAGUCUCUUACUUUCACACCUUAAGUUCACACCUCAGCUGGGUUUUUGUCAAAUUUUGUGUUUUUUUUAUGUCCUGGAGCUAGGAUUGUCUGAAAAUUGCAGCCACCGAGCUUAGCUAUGAAAAUUUUGGAUCUUCUUGCUGUAUUCAAUGCAGUAAAGUAAGACUCAGGGGGCAGUUGGUAGAUAAGAAAAGUGUUCAUGGAAAAUCCAUGCUUAAACUGCUGAAAGGCUUUCCUCCUAUUCACACGUGUUUUCAUCUUGAUCCUUCCGGGUCAAAGUUCUCUUCUUUGCACCGGCUAGCCAGUUCUAUUCAACUCCUGGUACCUCUCACCUCUUUCUCAAUUCAGCUUGACAUGUGAAGUUAUAUGCUGCCUUUGGUGUGGUAAUCUUUUUUGGUCACUGUCUGGACGUUUGAAAAUAAUUUGGGAUUAUGUUUAAAGUGGGAAUUUGUUAGAUUCAGUUUCUGAACAUAGAUCCUGUGAUUGGCUACCUCAUAUGCAGACUGUUGAAAGUCAUUAUUUUCUUCUUCACAUCCUUGUUUUCUUUAUGAUUCUUUCUAUUGUAAAUAUGUCUCGUCUCUUCUUUGGUUAGCUGUAUUGUUCUUCUGCAAUCAUUUGGUUUUCGAAAUCUUGGCUAAGUACUGGUUCUUAUAGCAGCCAUGGGGAAUUGGAACUUCUUUCAUUUCAUGGGAUUCAUAUUUUUGUCUGCUUUUCUCUCUUCCAAAAUAUGCCUGGCUAGUGUUCGAAAAUUUGGCAAGAUUACUCCGCCUUUCGAAGGGGCUCAGAUGAAUUGGAUUGAUAAUAACGGGUUGUUUCUAUUAUCUAACAGUUCUGAAUUUGGUUUUGGCUUCGAUACUACUCCCCAAGAUGUCACAUUGUUUCUGUUAGUUAUUGUCCACAUGGACAGUUCGACAGUAGUCUGGACUGCAAAUAGGGUGUCCCCGGUUUCAAAUUCUGAUAAAUUUGAGUUUGAUGUUAAGGGCGGUGUGUUCUUGCAGAAAGAUGGAAGUGUGAUUUGGUCUGUGGAUACUGGUGGUAAAAAUAUUUCUGCAAUCGAAUUGCAGGACUCAGGAAAUUUGGUUUUGCUUGGAGAUGACAGUGGGGUAGUUUGGCAAAGUUUUAGCCAUCCAACUGAUACCCUAUUAUGGAACCAGGAUUUUCUUGAUGGAAUGAAACUUGUAAGCAAUCCUAGCUCCAACAACUUGAGCUAUGUUCUUGAAAUCAAGUCCGGGGACAUGAUUCUUUCUUCAGGUUUCCAAACACCACAGCCUUAUUGGUCUAUGGCUAAAGAAAACCGUAAAACUAUUAACAAAGACGGUGGGGUGGUCACUUCAGCAUCUAUCAGUGAAAAUUCAUGGAAGUUCUAUGAUCGAACCAAAGCGUUGUUGUGGCAAUUUAUUUUCUCGACUGAUACUGAUGCAAAUGCCACAUGGAUUGCUGUGUUAGGAAGUGAUGGAUUUAUCACUUUUAACAAUCUUCAGAAUGGAGGGUCAAGUGGUCCUUCAGGAACAAAAAUACCAAGCGAUCCUUGCAGCACCCCGGAACCUUGUGAUGCAUAUUUUGAAUGUUACAGUAACAACAAGUGUCAGUGCCCUUCGGGUCUCAGCUCCCGUCCAAAUUGCAAGGCGGGGAUUGUCUCCUCAUGUGAUAAUUCAAAGCGUUCUACAGAACUUGUAAAUGCUGGGGACGGGCUCUAUUAUUUUGCACUGGGAUUCCUUCCACCCUCUUCAAAAACUGAUUUGAACCGUUGCCAAACAUCUUGCCUUGGAAACUGUUCAUGUGUUGCUUUGUUCUUCCAAAACAGUACAAGAGAUUGCUUUUUGUUUGACAGGAUAGGUAGCUUCCAAAAUUCAGACAAGGGAUCUGGCUUUGUUUCUUACAUUAAGGUCUUGAAAGAUGGAGGCAGUGGUACUGGGGCGAGCAGCAGCAACAAGAAACACUUUCCGUAUAUUGUGGUCAUAGCCGUCUCGACAAUACUUGUUAUUUGUGGCUUACUUUAUGCUGGAUAUCGAUACUACAGGAGGAAGAGAAAAUCCCCAGAAUCUCCUGAGAAUUCAGAAGAGGACAAUUUCUUUGAAAAUUUGACUGGGAUGCCCAUCCGUUUCAGUUACAAAGAUCUUCAAACUGCAACUGAUAACUUCUCGGUGAAGCUUGGGCAAGGAGGUUUUGGCUCAGUUUACGAAGGCAUUCUCCCAGAUGGAACUCGAGUGGCUGUGAAGAAAUUGGAAGGCAUUGGUCAGGGAAAGAAAGAGUUUCGAGCUGAAGUCAGCAUCAUUGGCAGUAUCCAUCACCUGCACUUGGUCCGGCUCAGGGGCUUCUGUGCAGAAGCAAGCUAUCGACUUCUUGUUUAUGAUUACAUGGCAAAUGGAUCUCUGGAUAAAUGGAUCUUCAAGAAAAACAAGGGAGAAUUCCUGUUGGAUUGGGAGACAAGAUUCAAUAUAGCAUUGGGUACGGCUAAAGGACUAGCUUAUCUGCACGAAGAUUGCGAUUCGAAGAUUGUUCACUGUGACAUAAAGCCUGAAAACGUUCUGCUUGACAAUAAUUACCUUGCCAAAGUCUCAGAUUUUGGUUUGGCAAAGCUAAUGACCAGGGAGCAGAGCCAUGUUUUCACAACACUAAGAGGAACUCGAGGGUACCUUGCACCAGAGUGGAUCACCAACUAUGCCAUAUCAGAGAAGAGUGAUGUGUAUAGCUAUGGAAUGCUACUGCUAGAGAUCGUUGGUGGGAGAAAAAACUACGACCCGACAGAGACUUCUGAAAAAUCGCAUUUUCCAUCGUAUGCCUUCAAGAUGUUGGAAGAAGGCAGACUGAAGGACAUCCUUGAUGGGAAGCUAGGGAACGUUGAAGCAGACGAGAGGGUACACACAGCCAUUAUGGUUGCUCUAUGGUGCAUACAAGAAGAUAUGUCUUUGAGGCCAUCAAUGACCAAGGUUGUCCAAAUGCUUGAAGGCCUCUUUCCUGUUCCUCAGCCUCCAGCUGCCAACUCGAUGGGUUCUCGCCUUUUUUCGAAUUUCUUCAAAUCGAGCAGCGAGGAGGGAACUUCCUCAGGACCAUCCGACUGCAACACUGAUGCCUACCUUUCUGCAGUGCGCCUUUCGGGCCCAAGAUAACAUUUACUCAAGAUGAGAGACGAUCCUGAGGCACUAAUGGGUGAUGGCUAAACCAUGUAUACAUUGCUUUUCACCCAUAUUUCUGUAUAUUUCUUCCAUUACUCAAAUUUUGUAACAUUAGCCAUUACUUUCUAAGCUUAAUCACUUUCUUGUUUCUUAGCUCCUGCUUUUCUUCUGUAAAUAAAGCGUUCGAUAUAGUUUAGUAUU